AUGGAGCUCCCUCCUCCGCCGCCACCGGAGAGAUCAAAGCGCCUCCAUAACUUCACCUUACCUUAUCUCCGAUGGGGUCACCAGAGAUCCCUCAGGUGCGUCAACUUACCCUCUUCUUCUUCUUUCCCUCCUUCUCCCGAUCAUGGAGAGAGGAGGAAUCUAAGCAUCGAUCCCAUCUGCGAUGGGAAACCACCAAAGGUCUCGACUUUGGGAAACGGAGGAGGCGAUGAUGCCGCUGCAGUAGCAGAAGCAGCUCGGCCGUGGAAUCUGAGGACGAGGAGAGCUGCUUGUAACGAACCCACGAGGAUCACACAUGGUCAUGGAGACUCGGAGAAGAAGGAGAAAGUGAAGUUCUCUGUUUCUUUGUUGAGGGGAGAAAUCGAAGAGGACUUCACAUCCCUCUUUGGGAAAAAACCUCCUCGAAGGCCAAAGAAGAGACCAAGACUUGUUCAGAAUCAAAUCAUUACUCUUUUUCCCGGAUUGUGGCUAGCAGAACAAGUAACAGAAGGCUCUUACGUCGUCCCUGAGCCUGUGGAAACAUGA